CCCGCCGGAGUGAUCGUGGCCGUCCGUUUGCACCGCGUUCCCAUCUGAUCCCAUCGCUCACUCCCCAGACGCACACUCGCAGACACAACCGAAAAACCAAGGGGGGAAAAUAGUAAAGAAACGGAGGGGAGGCGAGGCGGCCCUCCUCCCCGUUUCUUAUCUAUCCUGAUCCAAAUCCGCCUCGCUUCUUAUAUCCUCCUCCGAGGAAAAUAAUUCCAUUCCCCACCACCGCAUCUCGUCCUGCUCGCCUCCGUCGCCACCGCCGCCGUCGCCAUGGCCACCGAGGAAGCCGCCAAGCCGUCCCCGCUCCCGCCCUACCCGGAGAUGAUCCUGGCGGCGAUCGAGGGGCUGGGCGACAAGAACGGGUCGAACAAGUCGGCCAUCUCCAGGUACAUCGAGGGCAAGUACGGCGAGCUGCCCCCGGCCCACCCGUCGCUGCUGACGGCGCACCUGUCGCGCAUGAAGGAGUCCGGCGAGCUCAUCUUCCUCAAGAAUAACUACUUCCGCGCCGACGCCCCCGACGCGCCGCCGAAGCGCGGCCGCGGUCGCCCGCCCAAGGUGCGGGACCCGAACGCGCCGCCGCUGCCGCCCAAGGCGCCGUCCACCGGCUCGCCGCGCCCCCGCGGGCGCCCGCCCAAGCCCAAGGACCCGCUGGACGCCGCCGUCGCGCAGGCCACCGCGGGGAUGCCCAAGGCCCGCGGCCGCCCGCCCAAGAAGGCCAAGACCGAGGCCGCCGCCGCCCCCGCCCCCGCGCCCGCGCCCGCCGGCGACGGCUCCGCCCCCGUCAAGCGCGGCCGCGGCAGGCCCCCCAAGGUACGCCCCGCCGCGCCCAGCGAGACGGCCGCGGCCUGACGCCGCCCGCCUUGCGAGAGGGUGGGAUGGAUUAGGGCGUAGGCGGAUCCGUCCGCGCUCCCUCCACCUGCCGCCGCCGCCGUGUUGUUAAUCUUAGGGUUGGGUCUCGGUUCCCUUUCUCGGUCUAAUUGUCGUCGUGGCUUAAUUAAUUAUUAAUGGAGUAAUUAGGAAGGAUUUGAUGUGCCGUUCGGUUCGUGCCGGUGUGUUGUAAUCUAAGCUUAAGCUAGGGAUCUUCUGCUGCUGCUGCUGAGAGUGUGCCGUGCUGUCGAUUAAUCAGGAGGCUAAUGUGGAUGUGUGCAACUUAAUUAGCGGAUGAUGGUGAUGUUAAUGAUGUUGAUUUAAGGCCGGGUUCCAUGAUCUA